ACAAACAUGGUGGAGUCUGGCAGCUCUGCUCCACCGAAGGAACCUCCAAACUUGACUGCAUUUUGGAUUUAAACACUACAAGGACAGAGGUAAACUGAACAAAAAAGACCAUAUCCAGGAUGGGCCCACAUGGAGGUAAAAAGUGAUGUAAAUACUACUAGUUUAGGUUUAAUUUUUGAUGCAAACCCUGAAAUUUUUAAUAAUGUGCCUAGUUGGAACAUUCUUUGUACUAUUUUCAACACAAGUUCUCUGAGGAUCUCUUAAAUGUAGAAGCAACAUGGGUUUUUUUACAAAAAUAUCUCUACAUGAAUCGAUACUGAAUCGAAUCGAGAAUCGAAUCGAAUCAGGGCCUUGAGAAUCGGAAUCGAAUCGAUUCAGGAAACCAGUGGCAAUACCCAGCCCUAAUGAGCAGUAUGUCAAAGCUGAUCCCACAGGUGUUCAGUGGGGUUGAGGUCAGGGCUGCUGGCAGGCCAUUCCAUCCUCUCCACUCCAAAAUUCUGGAGAAAGUCUCUGAUAAACCCCCACGUUGUCAUCUUGGAUGAUACAGUUCGCUCCUAGACUGUGGAGAUAUGGGAUUGCCACUGUUUGUAGAAUCUCAUCUCAAUAUUAUGCAUUGAGAUUGCCUUCAGAUUACAGUUUUUCCAGUGAGGGAGAUGCCCGCCCGACACCAUCACACUGCCUCCACCAAAAGAUGUUACUCUAUCGGUGCAGCAAUCAGCAUUGUGUUCUCUACGUCUUCUCCACACUCCGACCCUAUGAUCCAUCAUUAGACAUAAAGUUCCUCCACAUGUUCAGGUUCCAGUGCACGUGUUGCCAACACCAGUGCAAAUGGGCCCGAUGGUGAAAGGCAGUCAUGGCAGGUCUCCUAACAAAGUGUAACCCAUAUACUCAGCUCUGCUGCUCAUUCCACACAUGCAUGUUCAUGCAAAUGUGGCACCAUUUAAAAGGGACACAACCUACCAAACACAAAUUUCCUCAUUUUAUGUUUAGUUAGUAUGAUGUUGAAUAUUCAAGUAUCUGAAUACGCUCUCCAAAGAACGAUCACACUAUUCACAUUGUUUUGAGAUAAAAUUGUUUUGGCUGGAACCAAGUGUUUGAAAUAUGAGAAGGUUAGAGAGUUUGAGAGUGAAAAUGAAGAAACUCUUUUUGUUUAGAGCCUGUUGCCAAAUUAAGAGGCCAAAGAUUCAUUCCAAACCCCUCCUCAUCACAUCCUCAUAUAUCAAAUACCUGAGUCUAGCAGUCAUCUCACGUCUCCCACUGAAAAGGAACAGGUGGAACAAGUUCUAUCAGUGGGAUGAGGGAGAGAGGGGGAUAGCAGACUGUGAGUAAGUUGUUGAAAGAGACUCUGACAUCAAAGACUGUGGGAUUGAAGAUUUGGCACUCACAACAUCUUGGAAGAAAUCCUUCAGUUUCAAUGCAUAUUUGAAUUUAAGAGAAAAUGAUACACAGUAAGUAGCUGCACAAGUGCAUCUGUUGUAUAACUGAGCACUUUUUGCCUGUGGUCAUUUGGCAACACAGGUGUGUCAGAGCAGGGAGGGACAAAAUAACAAAGUCCACACUGAAUGAGUUCAGUUUGACGAUAUCCGAUGUCACAGAAACAUCAUGCGCUCUCUACUGUCUCUCCUCUAUCUGGGCAUUUUCUGGACAGCAGGAACAAGGGCGUCUGACCCUAAUUUACCCUUCAUGGAGUACCUGGACAAGGACCAUUUGGUCUGCUUGAAGUGGGGAUUUGAUAACCUGCAAGGGGACAUAACAUUCAAACUGGUUGUCAACACUACAGGCUGGGUAGGAAUUGGUUUUAGCCCCAACGGAGGAAUGCAGGGGGCAGAUAUCGUCAUGGGAGGACAAGGGUCCAGUGGGAGCUACUUCAACGAUUAUUAUGCCACAGGGAACUCCAUGCCUUUGGUAGACAAGCAGCAGAGCUACACUCUCCUCUCUAUGGAUGAAAGUAACAAUCAAACCCUCAUGACCUUUAAGAGACCCAUUCAGUCAUGUGAUGACCAAGACUUCCAUAUUAGUAAUCAAGCUAUCAAAGUGAUCUAUGCAUAUGGACCAACGGAUGUGAUCAGUUAUCAUGGGUCCCUUAGAGGAGCUAAAGAAGUUAACCUGCUAAACUACAUGCCCCGAGCAACUAUAUCUGGCAACAAAUACAUCAGUGCCAGAGUGGACAAUAUCACCAUCCCAGAAAGUCACACCUACUACCAUUGCAAGGUCAUGAAGCUUCCAAAGUUAUAUAAAAAACAUCACAUAUAUCUGAUUGAACCUGUGAUAGAGCACCUUGACAUCAUUCACCACAUGUUGCUGUACCGCUGCCCCUUCUUUGUGACAGAGCCGUAUGACGGGCCGUGCUACAGCGGUGAUGUCGGGGAUGCUUGUUUUGACAUAGUGGCCUCCUGGGGAGUGGGAGGAGGGGUGUUUGCACUGCCAGAAGAUGUGGGUUUUCCUAUUGGAGGGGAGGAGAAUGAAGUUUUUUACAGGCUGGAGAUUCACUACAAUAAUCCAUAUGGGUACACAGACAGGAUCGACAGCUCAGGACUUAAUAUGCAUUACACAGAGCUGCUCCGGCAGCAUGAUGCUGCCAUCCUGUCUACUGGUAUGCUGUUUUUUGAAAAUAUGGAGUACAAAAUCCCACCAAGAGCCUCCCGAUUUCACACAUAUGGCGUGUGCAACACCAGCCUCUUCUCUCAGCUUAUUAAUUCUUCACCUGACCUUCAUGUGUUUGCUGUGCUGCUUCACACUCACUUGGCUGGCAGGGAAAUCGAAGUUGUUCACUUUAGAAAUGGAGAACAAGCAGACUUAUUGGCGUGGGACAAAAACUACAACUUUGAGUUGCAGCAGACCACCAGUUUGGGAAAGAUAAGGACCAUCAAGCCAGGUGAUGAACUAUUAGUGGAGUGUACCUACAGCACCAGCGACCGCACCAAAGUCACUAAAAUGGGGUUAGGAACUACUGAUGAAAUGUGCCUAGCCUUCCUCUUCUACUACCCUGCAAUCAAGAUCACCACAUGCAUCAGCCACCCGAACACACUGCAUCCAUCACUGAGCACAAGCAACCAAUUGUUUGAGGAGAGCAGAACUCUGACUGAAGAGGAAAUUUUGGAGUAUGAGCGUUUGUUGAAGACUGUACCACAAAUUCACUUGGUCUCCGAUGACGAUAGCAACCACACAUUUUAUGCAAAUGGCAUUGUCAGAGAGACCAAAACCACACCCACGGUCACCUGUAAGAAUACCAAUAGUUCAAACAGACUCAGCGCUUCCUGGAUCACGGAGACAGCAGGGGCCAUGCUAUUGCUACUCUUGAUUGCAAAUAUGUAGAUAGCAGAAAUAGCAACAGAGGCAAACAGUUACAAUACUGAUCAAAAGAGUCACAGAUGAUAAAAUUCAGUUUCCUACCUUAUGCACUUGAUCAAACUUAGCUUAGACUAGGUAGUUGGCAUGUUUUUCUGUUAUUAUUUACUCUGUUUACAGCAUACCGAAUCUCUUUGAUAUUCAUUAUUACACUGGUUGACUGUAAAGUCUGUUUUAUAAAAAGGCAAAAGCUCUGCAAAAUAUGCACAGAGGCUAAUCAAAUUAAACUCACUAAAUUUGCUUUUUUUUUUUUUGCAUUUUACACAGUGCCAUCAUAAAGUAAUAAGACCCUCCUUACUUUUAAAAAUUUUGUUAUGUUGCAGCCUGAUGCUACAGUCAAAAAUAACAAUUUUUAAUCAUUGUGACAAAGCAAUAAUAGAAAUUAAAAAAACAUUUGCAUGAAAGCCCACUUUGAGUUUACAAAAACUCCAAAUGAAAGCCAAGUGGCUUUUGUGCAUUUUGCGCCAAGGAGAGGCUUCUGUCUUGCCACAAUGCCAAAAGCCCAGAUCAGUGGAGGGCUGCAGUGACGGUUGUGCUUCUGGAACUUUGUCCCACUCCACGCAGGAUCUCUGGAGCUCAAUCAGAGUGACCAUCAGCUUCUUGGUCACCUCUCAUACUAAGGCCCUUCCUUCCUGAUUGCUCAGUUUGGCCAGCCACCAGCACUUGGAAGAGUCCUUGUCGUGCCAAACUUCUUUUAUCUGAAAAUUAUGGAGGCCACUGUGCUCUUGGGAAAUUUCAGUGAAGCAGAUUUAUUUUUGAGUCUUCCCCAGACCUGUGCCUUGCAACAAUCCUGUCUCUGAGCCCUGCAGGCAGUUCAUUUUACCCCAUGGCUUGGUUUUUGUGCUGAUAUGCAUUGGCAGCCAAGAGGCCUUCUAUAGAGAGGUGUUUUGAGAAUCCUGACAGUCAGUUUAUUUUACGACAAGUGCAGCUUCAUAGAAACUCUCAGCAAUGAUCAGGAGAAAUGGGGUGAACAUAAGUUAAAUUUCAAAUGCUUUUACAAAGUCUGAAUACUUAUGUCGAUGUGAUAUUUCAGUUUUUUAUAUUUUUUAAUUUAUUCACAAAAUGCUUUAAAAUUGUGUUCUCACUUUGCCAUGGUUGGUUACUGAGUGUAGAUCAAUGAGAAAAAAGAAAGAUUUUUUUUUUUUUUGACCGUAGCAUCAGGCUGCAACAUAACAGAACUGAAAAACGCGAAGUCUGCACUUUAUACUUUUUGAAUGCACUGUAGCCCUUGAUGUCUAUCGAUAUUUACUUUAAAAAGAUUAUAAAAUGAAAUUCAGACAUUUACAAUCAUGUUAUUCACACCUGUGAUUGAUGCAUGUAGAUAUAAAAUAAUAGUUUUUCAUUCUUACCAUGUAUGCAAUGAUUUUGUAUUUUAUGGCAUGCAAACAUAUGCGCUUACCUGUACUGUGAUGUUUAUCAUUUGUUAUGAGCCAAUUCUGUUCUGUAGAAUAGUACCACAAAGUGCCUAUAAAUGUAUCAAUAAAUGUAUC